AUGUUCUUCCAGGACCUUCCUCUGGAGAUUCGGGUUCUUAUCCUGGGCCAUGCAAUCAAUCCGUAUUUCAUGGCGUGGAGAUCCGGGAGAACACCCCAGCAUGUAGUUUGGAAACACACUGUCUCUGCCAGUCUUUUGGUUUGCAAGGACUGGAAUGCAAUUGUCCGAGAUCGCCUCAAAACUGUACCUCCUGAGCACGUCAUCAGUCGGCUCACCGAAGCACUGGCUUUCCCAGUCGUAAAGCAUAACAUAAAUAGGAUUGCCAAGUUGGACGAGGAUGAAUCCAUGACGGAGCCUGACGGCGAUCGCGAUGAUGAUAUUAAUAAGGAAGAUCUCAUCACCCAGAAGCUAGGAUAUAGCCUCAUCUGUUCCAUUGAUCGCGGAUUUAGAUCCUGCGUGGGUCUUCUCCUAGAAGCUGGCGUUAAUGUCAACUUCAAUGACUGGGGAGCCAUGUGGCCACCUCUUCUGAUCGCGUUUUACGUAGACAACAUGGAGAUAGCCAAGCUUCUCCUGAGCCAUGGCGCCGAUUUGUAUAUGAACGAUGAGGAUGAUAUGACCUACGUAGGAUACUCGGUUCUCUGCGGUGCAGCGAAGAACAGCCUUCUGUCUUUGGCAACGAGGUUGUUGGACAGAGGUGUGCCAGCGCGGUUGGACAGUCUAGACAAGAAUCCCCUUACCGGAGCCCUUUCUAACAACGAUGUGGAAAUGGCCAUUUUUCUCCUCGACCGGGGCGCCAGUUUCCUCAACGAAACAAAACCCAAAAUAUUACCGCUCUCCGUAGCUGUCCGCGCCUGUUCUGUGGGAACGAUUUCCAUGCUCAUCGACAGAGGUGCGGAUAUAAACGCUUGCGACUCACAAGAAGCAACCCCUCUAACUUCUGCCAUCGCACACAAUGAAACUGUCGCCAAGUUCUUAAUCGAGCAUGGAGCGGUGAUUAAAGCGGACCAUAUCCGGGAAGCUGUUAAACAAUGCUCGCUCCCAUUCCUGCAAACACUGGUCGAUAAGGCUGGAGCAGAUUGGGCUGCCAAAGUUGCUCUGGAAGAAGCUGUACUGUGUAACAAGGUCGAGCAUGUCGGCUUAUUGGUCUUAAACCCCCAUCUCCCCCCGGUUUUCGGCGCUUUGGUAGAAUACGUUGAUAAAGCCGCCGACUACCGGCAACCACUCCUUGUGGCGAAUGAAGGUAUGUGA